AUGACAGAGUCUGGGCCAGAGAAAAAGCUCUCCAGCAUCUCGCCAGUAACGACUGUCUUUGGCCCUUCCCCCCCACAGCGCACACCCCCCCUUGUAGUGAACGACCUGUUCGAGGACAUCAAGGAUGGGGUGAAGCUGCUAGCCCUGUUGGAGGUCCUGUCGGGCCAGAAGCUGCCCAGUGAACAAGGCCGGCAGCUGAGGAGAAUCCACUGGGUGUCCAACGUCGGCACGGCGCUCAAGUUCCUGGAGGGGAGGCGGUCCGCUUACAGGGGAUCUCCGAUCAAGCUGGUCAACAUUAAUGCCACGGACAUUGUGGAUGGGCGGCCUUCCAUUGUGCUGGGCCUGAUGUGGACCAUCAUCCUCUACUUCCAGAUCGAGGAGCUGACCAGCAACCUGCCGAUGCUGCAGUCGCUAUCCAGCAGCACCUCCUCCAUGGAGAGCCUGGGCAGCUCGGACACAGCCAGCCCGCCCGUGAAGAAGAAGGUGCUGACCAGGGUCCACGGCAACGCCAAGAAGGCCCUGUUGAAAUGGGUGCAGUGCAACGUGACCGCCACCGACUUUGGGCCCAGCUGGCGCAGUGGGGUGGCCUUCCACGCCAUCAUCCACUCCAUCCGGCCCGAGCUGGUGGACAUGGAGCACGUACGGGCCCAGAGCAACCGGAAGAACCUGGAAGAGGCCUUCACGCUGGCGGAGGAGAAGCUGGGCAUCCCGCGUCUCCUCGACCCGGAAGAUGUGGACGUGGACAAACCGGACGAUAAGUCCAUCAUGACCUAUGUGGCCCAGUUCCUGAAGCACUAUCCAGACGUGCACAGCGCUGAGUCCGAGGGGCAGCCGGAGGAGUUUGCGCUUGGUCCUCGAGAACUUAAACAGAUGCUAGAGAGAGAACAGCGGAAGGUCCUGAGAGAGACGAAGGCUGGGCUAGAUAAGCUGGAGAAGAAAGUAACCCGUGCCCAGGAAGCACAGGGCAGCUUGGCCGACAAGUACCAGUCCUUCAAGGUGCUCUGCGUGCAGUACGAGGGCUGGCGCAAGCAGACGGACGCUCUGCUGAAGCCCUGGCAGGCCGACGGAAAGCUCACCGUGGAUCAGGCGCUCGUCAAGCAGGCGUGGGAACGCGUGUCCUCCAACAUUCAGAACUGGCACCUGGCACAGGACACAGGUCUUCCGAGCCCGCUAGGUGACAUCGGGUCGUGGCUGCACCGGGCCGAGGUGGCCCUGAAGGAGGACAUCCCCGUCCAGCAGAACCACGAGGAGACGGCCAAUGGAGUCCGGCGCACCCUGGACCAGCACAAGGAGCUGCUGACUCACCUAGAGGAGCACCAUCGGGCCUUCCAGCAGAUCCAGAGAGAUCGCUCUGUCAGCGCGGUCUCAGUGCCCCCCGAGCAGCUGCAGGACAUGGCAGAGAGAUUCAAUUACGUAUCGACGUCAUCUCAAGUCCACCUGGCUAAACUGGAAUUCUGGGAGUUGAAGUACCGCUUGCUGGCAUUCCUCGUGCUGGCCGAGUCCAAACUCAAGUCCUGGAUCAUCAAAUAUGGCCGUCGGGAGUCAGUGGAGCUGCUGCUGGAAAACUACACUUCCAUCAUCGAGGGGCAGAAGUUCUUUGAGCAGUACGAAACAACAUACCAAGCUCUGAAACAGUCUGCUGAUUUGUACGUGAAGGCAGACAUCACAGCUGAGGAGCGGGAGGCCGUGAGCAGUUUCCUGGGUGACACGUCUGCUCAGUGGAAGCAGCUAUCUGUGGAGCUGCGCAGCGUGCGCAGCAUGCUGGAGGAGGUUGUGUCCAACUGGGAGAGGUACAGCAGCAAGGUGGCCCAUCUGCAGGCCUGGUUGGAUGACGCCGAGAGCACGAUCAACCAACCCGAGAGCGCCAGACGGGAGUUUUUCCGGGACCUGGCUCACUGGAUCGAGCAGCACGCAGCCAUGAACGACGCCGGCAACUUCCUCAUCGAGACGUGCGAUGAGACGGUGUCCCGGGAGUUAAAGCAGCAACUGCUCCUGCUGAACGGACGGUGGAGGGAGCUCUUCGUCAGAGUCAAGCAGUAUGCCCGGGCUGAUGAGGUGGACAAGAUGAGGAAGGAUUACCUAGACGGGGUCUCCUCCCUCAACGACUUCCUGCAGCUGGCCAAUGACAAGAUGGUCUCCACAGUGCAAGUGUCCUUCCUGAAUGUCAGAGCCUUUGUCCAGGACAUGGAGGACAUCAGGCAGAAGCUCCCAGCCGCGGAGGCGCAGUACAAGGCAGCCGCCCGGAGCGCUCAGCUGCUCACCAAAGACAGCCCAGAGAAGGAGGCGGAGCAGAUGCUGGCCACCAUGGCGACCAUGAAGGAGCAGCUGAGCAAGGUGAGGGAGAAGCACCUGCCCCUGCUCAGGGAGUCCCAGGCCCUCCUGCCCAGCCUGGAGGAGACCGAGAAGCAGAUCACUGGUUUCUACCAGGCCGUGGAGAGGGCCAGCAGCAUCACAGCGUCCCGGGACUUGGAUGCGCCCGGAGACAUCAAGCAAAAGUGUCAGGAUCUGGCCGCGCUCCAGCAGAUGGGCAGAAAGAGCCUAGCUGCCGUGCAGCAGAGUCAGCAGGACCUGCAGCUCACCGUGGGCUCCAGCAGAGCUCUGCAGGGCUUCGACACGGCACUGCUGCGGCAGAGAGUCAGCGACCUGCAGGCCACCUUGCAGACUAUGGAGAAGGAAUCCAGUGAAUGGAGAAGGCACGUGGAAGCCAACAGCAGCCUGAGGAAGAGGUGGGACGAGUCCCACGCCGAGCUGGAGAAGGUGAUGAAGGUGGCCCAGGCUGCACUGAAGGAACAAGGCAACGCAGAAGAGCUGCUGAAGAAGCACACGGUGUUUUUUGGCCAGCUGGACCAGCGCGUGCUCAAUGCCUUCCUAAAGGCCUGCGACGAGCUGACAGACAUCCUGCCUGAGCAGGAACAGCAGAGCCUGCAGGAGACCGUCCACAAACUGCACAGGCAGUGGAAGGACGUCCAUACUGAGGCGCCGCUCCAUCUGCUGAGGCUGCGGGUGGAGGCGGAGCGUGAGUGGCUGAUGGGGCACCUGCAGGAGUGCCGGGCCGAGCUGGAUCGGGAGGAAGAGGCCCUGCCCAGGGCCGGCAGCGAGAGGCUGAUCAGGGAACACCGGGCUUUCUUUGGCGAGCGAGGCACCCAGUGUGAGAAGAGGCUUCAGUACAUGCAGGACCUGUGCCAGAAUCUUCCGGACGACGAUUCCGGCCGCCGCACCACAGAGAGCGCGGGGGUGGCCUUGGCGAAAAUCAUGGAGCAGGUGGACAGUACUUAUCGGAAGCUGCUGCAGCACCCAGACAAGUGGGAGGAGUUCAGCACCAGAUAUUCUGAGUUCGCGGCCUGGCUCUCAUCGAAGGUUGAGCAGCUGGGGCAGCUGCGCAGACAGGCGGGCGACCCAGGCAUUCAUGGGCAGGUGAAGGACGCGGUGCAAGAGCUGCAGCACGAGGCUGAGGAGCAGGAGGAGAAGCUGUGCUGGCUGGAGGCGCGACUGGGAGCAUUGCUGGAGGUCUGCUCCGAGAGCGAGGCGCUGAAACAGCAAAGCGCUGUCACACAGCUCUCUGCGGACUACAAAUCCCUACUCUCCUCCCUACCUGAGCUGGAGGAGGUGCUGUCCAUGGUGGGGAACCGCAUUCAGCUCGGCGUGGAGAUCCAGCACGCUCUGGAGGAGCUGCAGGAGGUGCAGGAGGAGGUGCGGCUGUCGGCUUCCGCAGCCCUCGACUCCGAGGACGUCAGGCAGGCCCAGCAGCAUCUCCUCACCCAUCAGCAACAGAUGAUGCGCCUGCAGGCCAGGAGGAAGGACGCGGAGCAGCUGGCUUCGCGCUGCCGGCAGUUGCAGACGGAGGGGAAGCCGGACGACACGCUGCGGCAGCAGCUGCAGGUGCUGGAGGACGAGCUCCAUGCCGCUGGCCAGACCGCCGAGACGGAGCAGCGCCUCCUACAGGAGACUCUGGUAGCCUGGCAGGAGAUGGAGAGCCAGCAAGGGGCAGCGGAGGACUUUGUGAGCCGUGCUGACUCUGCUCUGGAGAGGGAGCUCACCUUCAGCAGCCUGGAGAGCAUGUCGGCUGAGCUGAAACAAACCAAGGACCUGUACAGACAGAGUGAGGAGCAGGUUGCAGUUACUGAUGGUCUCCUGAAGAGGGCAGUAGAGAUCCAGCUUGGAUCUGAGAACCAGACGCGGCUACAGCAUCGGGCCCAGGAGGUCAAGGAGCAGGUGGAGCGUGUGGGGGCCAGGCUGAGGAAAGACAUUGAGACCUUAGAAGCAGCGGUGACUCAGUGGGAGAAGUUUGACCAUGAAUUUGAGGUCCUCUCCACAUGGAUCGGCGAGAGGGAGAAGGAACUCGAUGCCCUUGCUGCCUCUACUGAACCUCUACAUCUGCAAAGAAGUACUGUGAAGGCUGCAGAAGCCGGCCUACAGGAGAGGGAAGGAGCCCUGACCCAGCUGGAGGCGGAGUCCCAGGCUCUGGGCUGCUUCCUGUCGGCGGGGGAGGCGGCGCGCGUCAAGGCCCGUCUGACGCGGAUGGGCCGGUACUGGGAGGAGCUCCGCGGGAGCGUGACGCGAUGGGACGAGCAACUGGAGGAGAGUCAGUCCCAGCUGCAGAGGUUCAACGACAGCCUGGAACAGGCGCGGACGACCAUGAGCACACUGGGCCAGCAGCUGCAGCGGCCGGUGUCUGCGUGCGGCUCGUCGUCGGACGCCUACCAGGCCCUACAGGAGCACACGGACGUGACCCAGUCCCUGGAGCAGCUGAAGGCAGUGUUGCUCACUCUGUCGGGCAGUGCCCGCCGGCUAGCCCAGCGGGAGCAGGCUGAGGGGGAGGUCACCUCGCUGCAGCGUGACCACGAGCAGCGCCUCCUACAGGCCAGGGAGAAGCAGGUGCAGCUGGAGGAGCUGCUGUCCCUGUGGCAGAGAUACGAGAAGGAGCGCUCCGCCUUCCAGUCCCGGAUCGAGGAGCGAGAGGCUGCCUCCAGCUCAGAGGUCCAUCUCCUCCCUGUGGAUAAUGCCAGGCUGCAGAGCCAGCUGAGAGCUCUCCAGGACCUGCAGGCUGAGGUCCCGGCCCAGGAGUCUGCCCACGGGGAGCUGCUGAACCUGGCAGCGGCCCUGCGCCCGACGGCAUCAGAGGAACAGGCAGAGGACCUCACCGCCCAGCUGGAGACACUGAGGGAGAGGUGGAGGGCACAGUCCGAGGCUAUACCCAGCAGCAUCCAGCAGCUGCAGGCCCAUAUGCAACAGGUCGGACGGCUUGAGGACGCCCUGCUCGAGUUCUCCCAGUGGGCUAAGAGCUUCCUGGCCGGCCUGCACGACUCCACCCACGUGGACAUCAGGGACCUCGGGGCGGCUGAAGCCCAGGUCAAGGAGGGGGAGUCUUCGCUGCAAGGCAAGGCCGAGGCAAAGCAGAGCCUGCAGGGACUCGCGGAGACGCUGAGCGCAGUGUGCGAGCCGGCGGAGCAGCCGCUCCUGGUGGGACGGCGGGAGGACUGCCUGCAGCCUUAUGUGGAGGCGCAGCAGCUGCUGGAGAGGAGGUGGCACUGUCUGGGCGAGCUGCAGGCCUUUCUGGGAGGGAGAGACGCAGCGGAGCGGCUGCUGAAGGGAAUGAGGCAGGUUCUGGAGGGAGCCGGCAGCUGGGACAGGGCCCGUAGUGAGGCCUUCAGGCAGGAGCUGGAGGCGGCGGCCGGCGAGCUGACGAGCCUGGAGGCGCAGGCGGUGGCCGUGGACGGCAGCCUCAGCAAGGCCCGCUGGCAGCUGCGCGAGGCCGGGGCAGGUCCGCGAACGUCCUGCCGAGCUUUAGCCGACGCCCUGGGCGCAUCCAUGGAGGCCGUCCACAGUCUCCUGGGGACUCGACAGAGCGAGGCGGAGGCGCUGGGGGCGCUCUGGACCACAUUCCGCCAGCGCAAGGAACAGCUACUGACGACUCUUCGGGAGGUGGAGGAGAAGGCCGGGCAGCAUGGCCUCCAGGAGCCCAGCCUCCAAGCCCUCCAGCAGAGACUGCGCUUCUACAAUCAGCUGGAGGAGGAGCUACACUCGCACCAGCACGAGGAGCAGUGGCUGAAGGACAGGGGCCAGCAGCUGGCCCAGAGAGACCCGGAGCUGGCGGGGGAGGCCCUCAGGGAGGUCAGCCUUGUGGAGGCCACCUGGGAGGAUGCCAAGAAGCUGGUGUCGGACAGGCAGGGCCAAUGCUGCCUCCUAGUGGACGGCCUGAGGGAGUUCCAGAGCCUGAAAUCCUCUAUCGGGGGCAUCGCGGAAAAAGCGAGCGGCGUGGCAGAGAUCAGGUCGGCCUUGAAGGAUGCAGAGGACAUCAGGAGAGCUUUGUCACGGCACGAGGCAGCGAAGGCAGAGAUGGUGCUGUGCCAGGAAGACCUGGACCUCCUCACCAGCAGAGGGAAGCAGCUUCUGGGCGAGCUGACCAGCAUCCCCGACUGCGAGCCCCAGGCGCUAAGGCGGGAUCUGGAAGCUGUGGUGGACCACUGGCUUGAUAUAUCUGAGAAGAUCGACGAGAACAUCAAGCGUCUUACCAGGAGUGCCGAGCUCUGGGAGGAGCUACGGCAAGCGACAGAGGACAUAGAGAGAUGGGCCGGCGGCGUCGCAGCGGAACUAAGCGAGACCCUCGGCAGCCUGACAGACAGCCAGCGCGCAGAGGAGCUUCUCUCCCAGCUACAGAUGGAGAUGGAGAGCAAAGAGCGGCAGCUGGAGGAGCUGCAGGUGAAGGUGUCGGAACUGAAGCAACUCACAGGCAACGAGGAGAUCCCAUCUGAGCUGCAGGUCCUGGAGGCCGACCUGAGGAAGAAGUUGGACCAUGCCCACGAUCUCGCCGAGCAAGCUAAGAGCACGGUGAAGGAAUUCCGGUCCCAGAAGCAGGAGCUAGAGGACUUCAUCUCCCAGGGGACCAAGCGGCUGAAGGAAGUGGAGGAGUCCCUCUCGGCACUGCCACACGGGCCGGACCCAGAGGAGAUCUGCCGAGUCAAGGACAUCCAGAGGGAGCUUCAGGGUUUGAGGAGCAGCACAGACACUAUGCGGGAUACCCUGGGUGCCCUGUGCCGGCGCUUCCCCUCCGAGGAGCUGGCCCAGCUUGGGCUGGCACUAACGGAGCUCGCCAGGCAGAACGAGGCGGCCCACCAGCUCUGCUCCCGGGCCCUGGGCUCCCUACAGGACGAUCUGCUGCAGAGAUUCAGCGAGCUGGCCCAAACAUUCCAGAACUGGCUCCAUCAACUGAAGGAUGAGGUAAAGGACUGUUCUGACCAAUCGGGUGACGCAGCAGCGGUGGAAUGCAAGCUGCAGAAAGUGAAGGAGGCUCUAGAGCACACGGAGGAGGGUGAGACGAGGCUGACCCUUCUGUGUGAGGAAGGGGAAAAGCACCUGCUGCACCUGCCCAAGGCCAGUGCUGGACAGGUGCAGCAGCAGCUCUCCUCCAGCCAACAGGACUGGGAGAGCUUUGUGGAGAAAUGCCGCCUGGCCCAGCAGGCCCUGGAGGAGACAGCAAAUCAGCUGAGCGGCUUUGAAGGCCAGCUGGAGAAGCUGAAGGGCUGGCUGGUGCAGAUGGAAGAUGGCAUGACUGCAGCGCUAACGAGACAGGGCCAGGAGCCCAGGUCUGGGAGGGAGGAGAUGGAGGAGCUGGAGGAGCUGCACAGGGAGCUUCUGAAGGAGAGGGACUCCUUGGAACGGCUAUGUCACGAGGCACAGGCCCUGAGCGAAGGUGGCCGUGGGGCUGGCGGCGAGGCGCGGACUGCGGGGCAGCUGCAGACGCAGCACCAGACCCUGCUGAAGCGGCUGCGGGAGGAGCUGCGCAGCCGGCAGCUGAGCCUGCAGGAGCGUCAGGCCUUCGAGGAGACGCUGCAGAGCACCUGGAUCUGGCUGAGGGGCGUGCAGGAGCGAGUGACCGACCUCGACUGCACCACCGGCAGCAAGGGGGCGCUGGAGAAGAGGCUGGCACUCGUGCAGGACAUCCUGCUGCUGAAGGGUGAGGGUGAGGUGAAGCUGAACAUGGUGGAGGGGAAGGCGGAGCAGCUCCUGAGGGGAGGUGGGGCAGAGGCGGGGCAGGAGGAGAUCCACUCCCAGUUGCGGGACCUGAAGGAUGCCUGGGCCUCUUUGCUUGUUGCCACCAUGAGCUGCCACAGUCGGCUGGAGUGGACCAUGGCCCAGUGGAGCUCCUUCCAGGAGAGCGAGGCCCAGCUGCUGCAGUGGAUGGCAGCCGUGCAGCGGGAGGUGGGAGCGCCCAUGCCCCCCCCACCGGGGCUAAAGGACAAGGCCGUGCAGCUGGAGCGCCUGCGGGCCAUCCUGGCUGACGUGGAGGGCCACGAGGGGGCGCUGUCGCGCCUGUCGGAGCAGGCGGCCGAGCUGUGCGCCAAGACGGGAGACGCCACCUUCCGGGAGGAGACCUGCACCGGGAUGCAGGCGCAGUUCCACAGCAUCGCCGACGUCGUCAAGGGCAAAGUGCGGCAGGCAACAAACAUGCUGGAGGAGCACGAGCGUUACGCGGAAGCCGUGCGGGACAUGACUGAUUGGCUGACAUCUGCCAGGGAGGAGCUUCACCGCUGGGCGGAGCCUUCUGGAGAUUCCGCCUCCCUGCAGGGGAAGUUGUCCAAAGUGCAGGAGCUGAUUGAUUCCAGGCAGCAGGGCCGAGAGCGUCUGCGCCGGGUGCAGCGGAGCGCGGAGUCAGCGCGGGAGUACACCCUGGCAGGCGGGGCGGGCGGUGAGCCGCCGGACCAGGAGGCGGGGGCCCUGCAGCGAGCCUGGGAGCAGUGGGAGGGGGCGGUGGUGCGAGCGAGGGACCGCCUCCGCGACGCUCUGGCUCAGGCGGACGGCUCCGAGCGCGAGUUCCGCGCCCUGGCCGCACAGCUGGAGCAGGAGCUACGGGAAUUCGAAGAGCGUCUGUGUAACUGCGGCCGGCGGCUGCUUCCCACCGAGGGGAGGACUGGCAGCGAGGAGCUGGCACAGGGCUGGCACGCCGCGAAGGACACUCUGGAGGACCUGCUGGGUAUGGAGCCCGUGACGGACAACCUGAAGAGCCAAUUAAAUGAGCUGUGCCGGUUCUCACGGGACCUCGGCGCUCAGUCGGAGCGAGUCUCAGCGCUGAUCAAAGAGUAUAACAGCCUCAGUCUUCAGGCCGCUCGGGAGUGCCAGAACAAGGAGAAGCUUCUGGAGCAACGCUUCCGCACUGCCUUCCGUGACUUCCAGCAAUGGCUGGUUAACACCAAGAUCAACACUGCCAAGUGCUUCGACGUGCCCCAAAGCAUCGCUGAAGCCUCGGCUGCCCUCCUCAAAGUACAGGAAUUCUUGAAUGACAAGGAGCAGGGACAGACCAAGCUGGAUGCUGUGGUGGUCAAUGGAGAGCUGCUGUGCAGCACUGUGGGUAAAGAUCGGGUGGACACCAUUCGGGCCAAGGUGACAAGUGCCAGGGAUGACUGGAAGAGCCUGAUGUCCAACCUGCACAAGAGGGAAAUAGCUUUGCAGAACCUGCAAGCCCAGAUAAAGGACCUGGAGACCAGCGCGGAGCCGCUGCAGGCAUGGCUGACGGGGACAGAGAGCGCUGUGCUAGAGAGCAGCACUCGCCUACACGACCUGCCAGCCAAGCGUCAGGAACUGCUAAAACUGCAGUCUGUCCUGGAGGAAGUAGCCUCCCAAGAGGGUCAGCUGAGCCGGCUGAAGGAGAAAGCCCAGCUCCUCUGGGAGGGUCAGGCUGCCGGGAAGGGCUUUAUGCACCGCGUUUCCCAGCUCUCUGCGCAGUACCUAGCACUAAGCAACCUGACCAAGGAGAAGGCCUCGCGCAUCGACCGCAUCGUCAGCGAGCACCAGCUCUUCUCCCAGGGCCUGAGGGAACUGCAGAGCUGGGUCACAGAAUCCAACCUCGCACUGCAGACCUACUGCUCUCCAACUGCAGACAAGAACGUGCUGGACCGCAGGAUGAUCAAGCUGGAGGCACUGCUGGCGGCCAAGCAGGAGAAGGAGAUCCAGCUGAAGAUGCUCAUCACGCGGGGGGAGUCCGUGCAGAGGAACACCUCCCCCGAGGGAGUCCCCGUCAUCCGCAAGCAAAUCCAGGACCUCAAAGACUCGUGGGACUCGCUUCUGUCCGCAUCCAUCCAGUGCAAGAGCCAGCUGGAAGGGGCUCUCUCCCAGUGGACCAGCUACCAGGAUGACGUGCGCCAGUUCAUGGGCUGGAUGGAGGCAGUGGAGGUGGCCCUGGGCAGCACUGACAAGCAGUAUUCUGAGAUGAGAGACAAGACCGCCAACCUCGGCAGAGCUAAGCUCCUGUACGAGGAGGUAAUAAGUCAUCUCAGCCCGCUGGAGACCAUUGCAGCAAAGGGCGCUAAUAUGGUCGAGCACGGCGCCACCCAGCUGGAGGUUCAAGAACUGCAAGAACGCUAUGCAACCAUCAAAGAAAAGGCCAAGGGAGCGGUGUCCAGGGCGGAGGAACUUGUGCUGGACCACCAGGAGUACCAGCGCGGCUUGCAUGUACUGGAAGACUGGCUGGAGCAGGAGCAGGAGAAGCUGGGCUGCUGCUCAGCCCUAGAGGGCGAUGUAGAAGCCCUGGAGAACACGCUGCAGCAGAUGCAGGAGCUGGAGGAGCGCUGCUCUGAGGGUCAGGCGCUGUUGGCCUCAGUGCUCGGCAGCCGGGAGCGGGUCGUACCCUGGGGCCUGCCGCAGAUCGAGGACCGCGCCCUGGAGACCGUACAGCAGGAUUGGCGGGCAUACCGGAGCCGGCUGGCCGAGGCCCGUACGCAGCACACCGGCGCCCUCAACAGGCUGAGGCAGGUGGAGUACCAGUUCCAGCGUCUGGAGCAGUGGCUGACUGGCAUGGAGGCCAAAGGUCAACCGCGCACCCAUCGACAGUCAGACAAGAGCACCAAGGAGGAGCAGCUGCAGAUGUUCAAGUGCCUGCAGGAGGAGGCGCUGGGCUUCCAGGAGGAGGUCGAGGGCCUGGGUUCGCUUGCCCAGCAGGUUCUGGAUGAGGCCCACGUGAGCAGCCAAUCCAGCACCCAGGCCGCCCAGCUCACCGUGCGCUACCACACCCUGCUGCUGCAGCUGACGGAGAGCAUCAAACAGCUGCAGGAUGAGAUCCGUACCAUCAACGAGGCCCAGAGUGUCUUCAGCACCUUCUCUGAUUGGCUCUGCACGGCACAGGAGAACUUCCGCGCGGCGGCCAUCAGCAUAGACGUGGUAGACCGAGUUGCCAUGGAGAGGAAGAUGAAGAAAUUGGAGGCCCUACAGCGGGACGUGGAGCAGGGACACGGCUUCCUGAAGGCCAUGCGGGAGAAGACGGAGCAGGCCGUUUCCUUCCUGGGGGAGGCCGAGGCAGAGCAGCUGCGGGGGGAGGUGGGGGCGCGGCUGAGGCAGCUGGAGGAGCUGCUGGGUGCGCUGCGGGCAGAGCACGGCGGCCUGGAGAAGCGGCUCCUGCUGACCAAGGAGUUCCUGGACAAAUACAAAGCGCAGGCGCAGUGGGUGGAGGAGACGCGGGACACGCUCCGCUGGCCCCUGGAGCGCAAGGUGGAGCUCUAUCAGAAGAAGGCCCAGCUGGCCAAGUACAAGGUAACCAGGACCUUAUAUGAGGGGGCAUGUCAGUGCCGUAACGUACAGAGGAGAAUCAGGACCUUAUAUGAGGGGGGAUGUCAGUGCCGUAACAUACAGAGGAGAAUCAGGACCUUAUAUGAGGGGGCAUGUCAGUGCCGUAACGCCCACGUGGCCGGCCUGGCGGAGCAGGUGAAGGAACACGAGACUUACAACCUGGAGCUGCAAGAGGUGGAGAGGUGGCUGCUGCAGAUGUCAAGCCGCAUGGUGGCGUUCGACCCCGCCCAGAGCGGCAGCAUGGAGGGGGCCACGCAGCAGCUGGCCGCGCACAAGGCCAUUAUGGAGGAGAUUGCUGGUUUCGAGGAGCGCUUGAGCAGCCUGAAGGAGCUAGGGGACGACCUGGUGGCCAGCUGCAGCGACCAUCUGCAGGCCAAGGUCCGGCAGCAGGUCCAUGCGCACCAGCAGGGCACGCGGGACAGCUACUCAGCCAUCUGCAGCACCGCCCAGCGGGUGUACCAGAGCCUGGACCGCGAGCUCCAGAAGCACGUGAGCCAUAAGGACACCUUGCAGCAAUGUCAGACCUGGCUGGCCUCGGUGCAGAAGGAGCUACGGCAUGCACAGGCCCCCGUCAGCCUGCAGGAGGCGCUGCAGCAGGUGAAGCAUGACAGAGCUCUCCAGGAACAGGGCAGCACCUACCUGGACCUGGUCUGCUCGGUCUGCGACCUGUCUGACCAAGCGGUGAGAGACACAGCAGCCAAGAUCCAGCAGGUCAAGCUCAUGAUAGAGAAGAGGAUGUCUGACUCCCAGGACCUGGCUGAGAGCUGGAAGGAGAUCAAGGAGCAGAGAUCUGAGCUGGAAACUCACUUCCAGGACAUGGAGCAGCAGCUGCAGAACCUCAGCAGAAGGCCGGCCGAGCUGGAAAUAAAGAUCGCCGAGAACGUGGUGGUUCAGACGCAGGAGUUCCGCCUGCGGCUACAGGAGGAGCAGAGCACCCUGGCUCGGAUGACGGAGAAAGUGAGCCGGCUGACAGAGGGGCUAAACUCGCCAGAGCAUGUGGAGGUGGAGCGGCUCAGCUGCACCUGGCUGGAGCUGUGUGAGCAGGCCGACGAGCAGCUGGGCCAAACGGAGCAGGAUCUGAGGAGGACACAGGACUACCAUAACUGCAUCAACACUGUGGAGCUGCUGUUUGAGCAGGUGUCCAAGCAGUGGGACAACCUGGCCAGGACGGACACUGAGAGUUCUUCAGAUCAUCUAGAGGCUCUGAAGAAGCUGGCGUUGACCCUGGAGGACCAGAGGAGCACUCUGGAUGAACUUAAGGAGCACAGGCAGAGGGUCAUCCAGCGGCUGAAUCUGGAUGACAAGGAGCUGGUAAAGGAGCAGGUCAGCCAUUUUGAGCAGCGCUGGGCCCAGCUGGAGGGCCUCAUUGAGAAGAAGAUUCAGGAAUCUGCCCUCACCCUGGAGGACAUGAACCAGGUGGAGUCCAGGCUGAGGGAGGCCCGGGAGUGGGCAGAAGAGCAGCAACCGGCCCUGUCCCAAGCCAUGAAGAUGAGCCCACCCCCCGAGCUGGCUCAGAGCUUCCUCUUUGACCACCUUAGCGUCUGCAGCGAGCUGGAGGCCAAGCAGCUGCUGCUAGUCCAGGCUGUAUCAGACGCGGACAGAGUGCUGGCCCAUUUGGGCCUGAACGAACGUCAGCGACUACAGCAGCUCAUCUCGGACACUCAGGCUGAGGUGGAAAGCCUGAGUGCAAAGGUGGUCCAGCGGAGGAAGUAUCUGAGCAAAGCGUUUACAGAGAGAACACAGUUUCUGCUAGCCGUGGGCCAGGCCACCACCUGGGUCCAGCAGAAUGAGAGAAAGGCAUUAGCUGAGGAUCACAUAGCCCUUCUGCCCGAUGACCUUAGCAAACAGGUCAGGGUGUGUCGCGGUGUCCAGAGCAGCCUCAGGGCCUACCAAAGUGAGCUCACCUCCCUCUGGUCCCAGGGACGGGAUUUGAUAAAGGAUGCCACUGAGGAUGAGAAGGUGGAGAUCACGGCGAAGCUGCAGGAGCUGCAGAAUGUCUUCGAGAUGGCGCUGCAGAAGUGUACCCAAAGGUUGCAAGAGCUCGAGAAGAUGCUCGUGUCCAGAAAGUACUUCAAGGUGGAUCUGGAUAAAACCUGCCAAUGGCUGAAACAGGCAGAUAUUGUGACGUUUCCCGAAAUUAACCUCAUGAACGGUGACGCGGAGCUGCACGUGCAGCUUGUGAAAUAUCAGCAGAUACUGGAGCAGGCCACAGAAUAUGAGAAUCUUCUGCUCAUCGUCCAGAGAGCCGGGCAGGAGAUACUCCCCACUCUUAACGAGGUCGACCACUGUUACCUGGAUGAAAAGCUCAAUGCUCUCCCACAGCAGUACAAUAACAUUUUAGCUUUGGCUAAAGAAAAACGGGAAAAAAUCCAGCAGGCCAUUCUUUCCCGCAAGGACUAUGCAUCCUUCAUUGAAGUGACACACAAGGCAUUGAAGGAACUUGAGGACCAGUUCAUAUUCUUGGGGAAGCAACCGGUAGGCUUGAAGGCAGAAGACAUCGCCCAGCUUCGGGAUGAUUAUAGGUCUCUCCUUAGUGACUUGGCAGACCUGAGCCUAGCCGUCAAUGAGCUGAACCAGAAGAAAGAGGGCUUCCGUAGCACGGGUCAGCCCUGGAGGCCCGAGGAGAUGGCCCAGUUGGUGAGUCUUCACAAUGGACUGAAGAGGCUUGUCGAACAGAGAGUGGCACGUUUGGACAGCACACUGGAAUGUUUUGAAGAGCACAAAGUUCUUGCCAUGCAGUUGGACUCUGAGAUAAAUGCUGCAAAAGACCAGCUGGCCAAAGUUAGUGCUGAAACUCAGCCGGGGGAGGAAAGACUGAAGAACUUCCACGCCCUGACAGGAAGUCUCCAGGGCGCUGGCUCUAUCUUAAAGAGGGUUGUGGAGCUGAUGGAGACUCUCACCCCUCACCUGGACCAGGCCGAGCACCAAGCCUGUAGACUGCAGGCAAACACGUGGCAGGAACAGCUGCAGCUCCUCCAGUCGACGGUAGGAGAACGGAUUACGGAAUGUGAGAACCGCUUCGUGGAGAGUGCAGAUUUUCAAGCAGAGGUGAGAAGGACCCUGGACUGGCUCCAGCAAGUAAAGGACAACUUAGAUGUAACUAUGGUCCGGGAGAUGAAAGUACAGAAGGUGCAGGAAGAGAUAAGAAAGCAGCAGAUGGUGCAGGAGGAGGUACAGUCCAGGAUGAAGAUUGUGGCUGCCCUGAGCAGCAGGGAGAAGCAGAAGUACAACAGUGUCAAUGAGCUGGUGCCUCCUUACGUGGAUGAUAGUCUGGUGGAGAUAGCAAGGAUGGAGGGGGAAGUCCAACAAGAAAUUCGUGAUAAGCAGGCCACGCUGAAGCAGGUUGCAGCGCUAUGUCAGGAGCACCACUCAGCCAUGCAGGCCGCCAGCGGGUGGCUGGACGAGGCCCAGGCCCUGCUGAACGAGGCCAGCCUCGGGGUGGAUGUGGAGAGCUGCGAGGAGGCCCUUCAGCGGCAAGCGGAAGUCGCGGCGGCCGAGCACGGCUUCUUGGGCCGCCUGGAGGAGUUGGAGGUACUGGCUGUCCGGUUGGAGUCCCUAGUCGGCCCCGGGGCCAGUGAGCUGCUGAGGCAGAAGGCAGCAGUGGCACAGCAGAGGGGAGAGGAGAUCAAUGCCCAGCUGCAGGAUCACCUGGACAUCUUGAACAGCUGUGUAGCUCAGUGGAGGACCUACCAGGACGCCAGGCAGGAGGUGGUCGGCCAGAUGAACGAGGCAGAGCUGAAGCUAGCGGAGUUCUCCACGGCCAAAGCUGCCACCUGGCAGGAGGCAGAGGACAAGCUGCAAGAGCACAAGGCAUUGGUGCUGGUGGUGAACAGCUUCCAGGACGGGCUGGUCGGUCUGGAGGAGCGUGCGGCCAUGCUAGCUCGUGUUGCCAGCGAUGCCAGCAGGGCCGCCAUCGGCAGGUCGGUGGCGGCGGCGAGGCAACGCUGGACGCGGCUGCGUACCGUGGCGCGAGGCCAGGAGAAGAUCCUGGAGGCCACGGCACACGAGUGGAGGAACUUCCGGGAGAAGAUGGAGAAAGUGCUGGUGGUGGCAGAGGAUCUUCAGAGCCGCGUGCCCGACGGCUCCGUGGAGAAGGCCUCCAAGGCAGGCCUGCAGACGCUGCUGGAGUACCACGACUCCUUCGCGCAGGAGGUGGAGCGGGAGCACUCCGCCCUCGCCCUGCUGCGCCAGUAUGCUCUCAGCCUGCCCAGGGCCACGCCCCCGACCACGCCCGUGUCCACGCCCCUGUCCGGCGAGGAUGAGCUGCCCAGCUUGCUGGAGAUCCGGGCCAUGCAGGAGCGAUAUGACAGCCUCCUGCAGCAGGUGCGAAGGACCAGGGCCCAGGUGCAGCAGGAGCUGCAGGAACGUGAGGAGGUGGAGCGUGAGCUGGGCCUGGUGAAGUCCUGGAUCCAGGACACGCAGGGCCUGCUGCCUGGCCUGGCGACUGACGAGGGCUCCAUGCUGCAGGAGCUGGAGGUGCUGCAUGGAAAGUUGAUCUCCCACCGCCAGAACGUGGAGAGGAUUGCGGAGCAGCAACAGAGCAAGUACCUGGACCUGUACACCAUCCUUCCCUCUGAGAUCUCGAUGCAGCUGGCCGAGGUGACGCUGACCUUGGGCUCCUUGGAGGAGCAGCUGCAGACGAGGGAGCGAGAAAUACAGCGAACCAAAGACAUCAGGGAGGACUUCAGCUGCAGGAUCCAUGACAUCUCGGAGAAGAUGAGGAUCAUCUCUGUCAAGCUGAAGGAGAAGGCCCCAGAAAUCUCUCAGGCUAAAGAAGAAACCAAGGCCUUAAAGGAAGAGCUAGAGAGCUGCGGCCGGAGCCUUUCCGAGCUGGAUGCCGCCGUCCAAGAGUUCGGUGAGCAGAACCCGACGUUAUCCAAGCAGCUGAAGGACGCCAUCACCAAGCUGAAGGAGAUCCACCACCACACCGGACGCCUGGCUGACUACAGAACUGCACGGCUGAAGAAGGCUGCCUCCCACGUACACGAGUUCAGCGAGAUGCUGGAGUUUGUCAUGGCCUGGACAGAGAGAGCCGAGGCCGUGGUGAAGGAUAGCCUCAUCUGGAGCUCCUCCUCUCAGCUGCAGGACCAGAUAAACACCUACCAGCUGGUGCUGCAGGAGUCCCGGGAGCUCCACACGAACCUCGACACCAUGGCCGAGCGGGCGGCCCUGCUGUCGGAGGUGCUGCAGACGGAGGCCAUGAACCAGCAGGUGUCCGAGCUGGGCCGUCACACGGAGGAGCUGCAGCAGAACAUCAGGACACGGCUUCAGAGCCUGCAGGAUGCAGCCAAGGAUAUGGAAAGAUUGGAGCUGGAGGUGAGGGACUUGCAAGCGGCCCUGGAAUCGGCCCAAGGGACCCUGACGUCCCCGGAGCUGGCCCGACUCAGCCUGAAGGAGCAGCUGGCCCAGAGACAGCGCCUGCUCACAGACAUGGAGGGCCUGAAGCAGCAGGUGCAGGCAGUGCAGGUGUGCCAGAGCGGUCUGCGUGUGCCCGAAGAGGCCGUCACCAGCCUGCCAAUCUGCCGCACUGCCCUGGCUCUGGCACAGGAGGCCAGCCAGCUGCAGCACACUGCCAUCCAACAGUGCAACAUUCUGCAGGAGGCCGUGGUGCAGUACGAGCAGUACGAGCAGGAAGUGCGUCACCUCCAGAGGCUGAUCGAGGAAGCGCACCGUGUCAUUCAAGACCGACCCGUCUCCACCAGUAACAUCCAGGAGCUGCAGGCCCAGAUCCUCCACCACGAGGAGCUGGCCCAGAAGAUCCGGGGCUACCAGGAGCAGAUCGCCACCCUCAACUCCAAGUGCAACAUGCUAACGGUGAAGGCCAAGCACGCCACCAUGCUGCUGACCGUGGCUGAGGUGGAGGGGCUCUCUGAGGGACUGGACGAGCUGGACGCCGAGGCCCUGCCCACACCCCCCCCUGUGGUGAUGAUGACCGCAGGCCGCUGUCACACGCUGCUUUCCCCCGUCACCGAGGAGUCCGGGGAGGAAGGCACCAACAGCGAGAUCUCCUCCCCGCCUGCCUGCCGCUCUCCCUCGCCAGUGGGUAGCGCUGACACUUCCCCCAACCAGGCAGCUCCAGGCCGCUCCUCCCCUGACCGGGAUCCUCCCCCAGACCUCUUUGAAUCAACGCUGGAUUGCAUCUCAACCGCCAAUCUGGAUGACCUGCAGCAAUCCUGGGAGACACUGAAGAAUGUGAUCAGUGAGAAGCAGAAGACCCUGUAUGAAGCUCUGGAGAGGCAGCAGGGCUACCAGGAUGCCCUACAGUCCAUCUCAACCAAGAUGGAGUCCGUGGAGGUCCGGUUAAAUGAGGGACCGGGGUCAGACCGGACCCCCGAGAGCCAGAUGGCGGCUCAUCAGGCCCUGAUGGAUGACAUCCUGAUGCUCCAGGACGAGAUCAGCGAUCUGCAGUUGCGCUUCGGCGAGGAGCUGGCGGUGGACGGCCCCGAUGCAGACUCAGCCGACCAACUGGCAGUGCAGUCCACCCUGACGGUGCUGGCCGAGAGGAUGGCCACCAUCCGCAUGAAGGCAUCUGGAAAGAGGCAGCUCCUGGAGGAGCUUCUGAGCGAGCAGCUAGAAGAGCAGCGGCAGGAGCAGGCCCUGCAGAGAUACCGCAACGAGGCCGAUGAGCUGGACCACUGGCUGCUGUGCACGCGUGCGGCGCUCAGCUCCGCCCUGAGCGCCGCCCUGCAGCCACACCCCCAGGACAUGGACAUGGAGGAGCAGCUCAUCGACUGUCAGAACAUGCUGCUGGAGAUGGAGCGGAAAGUGGCGUCGCUGGCGGAGCUGUCGGUGCACAGCGAGAGCCUGGUGCUGGAGGGGCGUGCAAACACGCGCAGGGACGCCGAGCAGCUGGCCCACAAACUGCACACGCUUAAGGGGAGCCUGAUGGAGCUGCAGAGGAUGCUGCAGGACAAGCAGGUCAGCAUCCAGGGGUCCCUCCAGGAACAGGAGAUCAGCGAGCCAGACUCGGGGCUCUCCCAGAGCCCUAGUGUACAGGACUGGUUAGCCCAGGCCCGGUCCACACGCUGCCAGCAGCACCAGGACAGCCUACAAAGGCAAAAGGAACUGGAGGAGCAGCUGGCUGAGCAGAAGAAGGUGUUACAGUCCGUGGCCGACCUGGGGAAGGAGCUCAUGACGCCCAAUGGCUCGGGCGUGUUGGGCAGCAUUCCUCCUGAGCACGCAGAGGGUGAGCUGGCCGACCAAACCAGGAACAGGUGGGAGGACCUGAGCAGGGACCUGAACACCAAACUACAGCUGCUGCAGAACACGGCGGAGCAGGACCAUCGCAUGCCGGUGUACAGCAGAGCCAGCAGUGUCAGCACGCCCAGCUCCGUCUACAAAGAGGAGCCUUCUGUUCUGGAUAAGUCCUCCAUCAGGACUCUGUUUGAAGAUUUCAACGACACUCUCCAGGAGGCCUCCUCAUUGACAGGGGUCACCGAGAAGAGGGGCAGGUCACUGGAGCAACAGCUGUACUCAGCUGUCUGCUCCGCCUCCUCCUGGACGGACGAUGUGGAGAGCAGCCUGUUCUCCGGGCACGUGCUGCUGGCAGAGGGCGCCGAGGCUCAGCUGUGUAACCAGGAGGCCCUCGGGAAGGAUGUCCGAGAGGUGGAGGAGGAGGUGGGGCGGAGCAGGAAGCUGGUGGCGGACUCGGCGGGGCUGUGCAAGGAGGCGCAGGCUCCGAUGGAGGAGGCACUGGACUACCUGCAUGUCCGGCUGGAGACCCUGGACUCGGUGCUGGAGCAGCGCUGUGAGGAGACCAGGAGGAGGCUGCAGGAGCUCAGCUCCUUCCAGACAGAGCUGCGGCUGCUCUUCACAGCUUUGGCGGAGACGAAGCGUCACGCCCUCCAGAGGCUGGCGGAGGUCAUGGACAGGCCGGCCCCCAAACAGGCCGAGACCAUCGCGGAGGCUGAGGAGAGCGUGCGGGAACUGGAGCAGAGGAUGGUGGAGCUGAAGUCCAGGGGAGAGGUUCUCCAGCCUGACCAGGUUUGCACCCAGGAGCUGCUCAAGCUGCAGGAUGCCCACGAGGAGCUUGUGCAUCUGGUGGGCUCGCGACGCAGUGGGCUGAACCAGAACCUGGCCCUGAAAGUCCAGUGCGAGCAGGCGCUGCAGGACCUGGUGGAUCUGCUGGACACAGCCCAGGACAAGAUGGCCGCCGACCAGAAGAUGAUCGCCAGCUCUGUGGACGAAGUGCAGAAUGUACUGGACAAGCACAAGGAGUUCUUCCAGGGGCUUGAGUCCCACAUGAUCCUGACGGAGACGCUUUUCCGGCGAAUUGGCGGAUUUGUGCUGCCCCGGGAGAACCAGGCCCUGGAGGAGACGCUGGCGCAGGCCCAAGGGGUGCUCAAGCAAGCGCACAAGCGGGGCGUGGAGCUCGAGUACGUCCUGGAGUCGUGGACCCUGCUAGAGGAGCAGUACCAGGCCCUCCUUACGCAACUGGAGGCAGUGGAGGCCAGCAUCCCCACUGUAGGCCUGGUAGAAGAGACUGAGGAAAGGUUGGCUGAAAGGAUCGCACUGUACCAGCGGCUGAAGGCAGGCCUGGCGCAGAGGCAGCCCCAGCUGUACCAGGCCCUGGAAGACGGCAAGCGCCUUCUGCUGACGGUGAGCUGCUCGGGCCUGGAGGCCCAGCUGACACAACUGGCCGAGCACUGGCUCAGCUGCUCCACCCGCGUCAACAAGGAGCUGCACCGCCUGGACUCCACCCUCAGGCACUGGGCCAGGUACCAGGCAGAGUCCGCUGAGCUUAACCAAUGGCUGAGAUCGGCUCUGGACCGCUUGGAGUUCUGGUCCACGCAGUCAGUGACGGUUCCCCUAGAGUUGGAGACUGUCCGGGACCACCUGUACGCCUUCCUGGAGUUCUCCAAAGAGGUGGAUGCCAAGUCCUCGCUGAAGGCCUCAGUGCUGUACACCGGCGGGCAGCUGCUGCGGUUGAAGAAGGCGGAGACGGCAGUGCUGCGGGCGGCGCUGGGCCGGCUUGACACGCAGUGGGCCGAGCUGCUGGCGCGCAUCCCCAUCGUGCAGGAGAAGCUCCACCAGCUGCAGAUGGAGAAGCUGGCGUCCCUGCAUGCCAUCACCGAGCUCAUGAGCUGGAUCUCCCUGAUGGAGAAUGUGAUCGAGGAGGAUGAGGAGAAGAUCGACGGGGCCGUGGGGUCAGAGGCCAUCCAGAGCUAUCUCCAGAAGUACAAGGGGUUUAAGAUCGACCUGAACUGCAAGCAGCUGACGGUGGACUUCGUGAACCAGUCCGUGCUGCAGAUCAGCAGCCAAGACGUGGAGAGCAAGCGGAGUGACAAGACCGACUUCGCCGAGAAGUUGGGCGCCAUGAACCGGCGCUGGCACGUCCUGCAGGGCCGCAUCACCGAGAAGAUCCAGCUGCUGGAGGGUCUGUUGGAGUCCUGGACGGAGUACGAGAACAGCCUACAGACCCUGAGGACGUGGUUUGCUGCUCAGGAGGAGAAGCUUAAGAAGAAGAACCGCAUAGAGGACCUGGCCUCUGUCCAGAAUGCCCUCAAAGAUUGCCAGGAGCUGGAGGAAAUGAUCAGGGAGAAGGAGAAGGAUGUGGAGAAGGUGGAGGAGCGAGGUCACGGCCUCAUACUGAACAAGAGAGAGGAGAUCUGCACUGUCAUCACAGAGACACUCCAAAGCCUCAAUCACACAUGGGCUAACCUAGAUCACAUGACCGGACAGCUGAAGAUCAGCCUGAAGUCAGUGCUGGAGCAGUGGAACCUCUACAAGAGAGCAUCUGAGGAGAUCAGUGGAUACCUGAUGGAGGGACGGUACUCGGUGUCCCGGUUCCGUCUCCUCACAGGUUCCCCGGAGGCUGUGAUGGUCCAGGUGGAGAAUCUGCAGAACCUCCAGGAGGAGCUGGAGAAGCAAGAGAACAGUCUGAGGAAGUUUGGCUCCCUGACGCACCAACUGCUGAAGGAAUGCCAGCCCGCUGUGGCUGACGUUCUCAACGGCGCCCUCAAGGACGUCAAUUUGAGGUGGAACGGGCUGCUAGAGGAGAUCGGGGAACAGCUGAGGAGCAGCAAGGCUCUGCAGCAACUGUGGCGGCGGUACCAGGAGCUUUACGGGCAGAGCGCGGCCGCCGUCCAGCGGCAGGAAGAGCGUGCCAACCAGCUGCUUCAGGCCGCCGACAGCAAGGACGCCGGUGACGAAGAGGUGUCAUCCUGGGUCCAGCAGUGCAUUGAGCUGCUGCAGGCCCAUCGGCCGUUACAGGAGUCCCUGCAUGUGCUGCAGGAGCUGGGGGAGCAGCUGAGGAGGCAGGUGGACACCUCCGCAGCCGCGACACUGCACUCUGACCACCUGUCACUGGCUCAGCGCCUGGCCGCAGUGGAGCAGGCGCUCGUCAAACAGCAGGCAGUGCUACAGGCUGGUGUGCAGGACUAUCAGAACUUCAGCGAGCAACUAGACAAGCUGGACCGCUGUGUUGCAGAGGCAGGACAGGUUCUGAAGACGCCGGACCCCAGCGGAACUGCCGAGCUGUCGGUCAUACAGGCCCGUAUGGAGGAGCUCAAGGGGCAGAUGCUCAGGCUGAGCAGCAUGGCCCCCGACCUGGAGCGUCUCAGUGAGCUCGGCUACCAGCUGCCCCUCAGCGACGCUGAGGUCAAGCGGGUGCAGAGGCUGAACCGCAGCUGGGCCAGUACCACGGCACAGGCCACCGAGAGGUUCAGCAAGCUGCAGGCCUUCCUGCUGGAGCAGCAGAGCUUCUUGGAGAAGUGCGAAGCCUGGAUGGAGUUCCUGGAGCAGACGGAGGAGAAGCUGGCCGUGGAGAUCUCCGGGAACUACCAGAGCCUUCUGGAGCAGCAGAGGGCCCACGAGAUCUUCCAGGCUGAGAUGUUCUGCAGACAGCUGGUCCUCCACUCUAUCAUCAGUGACGGUCAGCGGCUUCUGGAGCAGGGACAGGUGAACAACAGAGACGACUUUAGCCUGAAGUUGGCGUUGCUAAGCAACCAGUGGCACGGGGUGGUGCGGCGUGCCCAGCAGCGCCGCGGCAUCAUCGACAGCCUGCUGCGCCAGUGGCAGCGCUACAGGGAGAUGGCCCGCAAGCUGCGCGGCUGGCUGACGGAGGCGGCGCAGCAGGUGGAUGAAGCCCAGCAGGGGGCGCCGGUGCCUCUGCAGCAGGUCCGCUGCCUGCUGGAUGAGGUGCAGCUGAAGGAGAAGGCCCUGCACCGGCAGCAGGGCAGCUAUAUCCUGGCUGUGGAGGCGGCGCGGCAGCUGCUGCUGUCGGUGGACAGCGGGGCCGAGGCGGAGCUGCAGGCGGAGCUGACGGAGGUGCAGGAUCGCUGGAGGCACGUCGCCACCCGGCUGGACGAGCGCCGCAGGGAGCUGGAUGCUAUGCUCAAGGACUGGGAGAGAUGUGAGAAGGGAAUCGGAGGCUCGUUAGAGAAGCUGCGCGUUUUCAAGCGUAAGCUGUCCCUGCCUCUACCUGACCACCAGGAGGCGCUGCAUUCGGAGCAGAUCCGCUGCAAGGAGCUGGAGAACACGCUGGCCAGCUGGACAGAGGAGCUUUCACACCUGGGCCUCCUGAAGGGGGCGCUCUUGAGUGGCAUCAGCACGGAUGACCUGUCUGUGAUGCAGGAGCGCAUCCAGCUGCUGCACCGCCAGUGGGAGGAGAUCUGCCAUCAGCUAGCCCUCCGCAGGCAGCAGGUCAAUGAGAAGCUGAACGAGUGGGCGAUCUUCAGCGAGAAGCACAAGGAGCUCUGUGACUGGCUGACUCAGAUGGAGAGCAAGGUCUCGCAGAACGGGGACAUCAGCAUCGAGGAGAUGAUCGACAAGCUGAGAAAGGACUACCAGGAGGAGAUGGCCGUGGCCAAGGAGAACCGGCUGCAGCUGCAGCAGAUGGGCGAGCGCCUGGCCAAGGCCAGUCACGAGGGCAAGGCCACCGAGAUCGGCAACAAGCUCAGCAAAGUCAACGAGCGCUGGCAGCACCUGCUCGACCUCAUCGCUGCCAGGGUGAGGAAGCUCCGUGAGACGCUGGUGGCCAUGCAGCAGCUGGACAAGAAUAUGAGCAGCCUGAAGUCCUGGCUGGCCCACAUGGAGACACAGCUGGCCCGGCCCAUCAUCUACGACACCUGCGACGCUCAGGAGAUCGAGAAGAAGCUGGGUCAGCAGCAGGAGCUCCAGCGGGACAUCGAGAAGCACAGCACAGGCGUGGCAUCAGUGCUGAACCUGUGCGAGGUGCUGCUGCAUGACAGUGAUGCUUACUCCACUGAGGCAGACUGCGAGUCCAUCCAGCAGGCCACACGCAGCCUGGACCGCCGCUGGAGGAGCAUCUGUGCCAUGUCCAUGGAGAGAAGGCUCAAGAUCGAGGAGACAGGGAGGCUGUGGCAGAAGUUCCUGGACGACUUCCUGCGCUUCGAAAGCUGGCUGAGCGAGUCGGAGAGGACGGCCGCCCUGCCCAACUCCUCGGGCGUGCUCUACACCGUGGCCAAGGAAGAACUCAAGAAGUUUGAGGCCUUCCAGCGGCAGGUCCAAGAGAGCUUGACCCAACUAGAGCUCAUCAACAAGCAGUACCGGCGCCUGGCCCGGGAGAACCGCACCGACUCCUCUUCCCGUCUGCGCCAGAUGGUGCAUGAUGGGAACCAGCGGUGGGAUAACCUGCAGAAGAGGGCGGCCUCUAUUCUUCGUCGCCUCAAGCACUUUAUCAGCCAAAGGGAAGAAUUUGAGGCAGCUAGAGACAGUAUCCUGGUGUGGCUGACCGAGAUGGACCUUCAACUGACCAACAUUGAGCACUUCUCAGAGUGUGACGUUCAAGCCAAGAUUCGGCAGCUCAAGGCAUUCCAGCAGGAGAUCUCCCUGAAUACCAGCAAGAUGGAGCACGUCUUCCACCAGGGGGAGGUGCUCAUAGAGAAGAGCGAGCCCCUGGACGCCACCGUCAUCGAGGAGGAGUUGGAGGAGCUGCAGAGGUACUACCAGGAGGUGUUUGGCCGCGUCGAGCGCUACUACAAGAGGCUGACCCGCCUCCCGUUUACGGACGACGAGCACACUGGUUCCGACCACGAGCUGGAUCUGGACGAUGUCACUCUGCGCUGGAACGACAACUUUAGGAAAAGCCCGUUGGCCACUUCCGGCUGCUCCCCUACGGUAGUGAUGGCAUCCCAUGCGGAGCCCUCGGGGAGAGACACCCCAGCAAGCGUGGACUCUAUCCCGCUGGAGUGGGACCACGAUUAUGACCUGGAGACCGAGCGGGAGGGCGGUUCCCAGGACAGGGAUCUGGAGUUCCUCCACGGGGCAGCUGCAAUCUCAGAUGUAGUGAUUCCCGAGAGCCCAGAGGCUUAUGUCAAACUGACAGAAAGGACUCUGAUGUCCUCCACUGGAGAUCCAGAUGCCUUGGGAACACGUGGUCAGUAUCACCUGCAGGAGGCCGACGAAAUCCUCCGCAGCCGCACCCCGACCAGCCCAGACCUCAGCGGCUCCUACACGGGCUACAUGAGGCUGAUGGGAGAGUGCCGGAGCAACAUCGACGCCAUGAAGAGGAUGGGCGGUGAGCUUAGUGAUGGCCAGGACGAGCUGCUGGGCCUGGUCAACCUGAACACCACUGAGUCCCAGAUGCCAGGUGUGAUCGAGCGCUGGGAGCUGGCUCAAGCUCAGGCCCAGGCCCAGAGCCCGGAGCAGAACCUGCAACGGUGGCAGCAGCUGCACGCAGACCUCGACAGCAUGCUGUCGUGGCUGCAUCAAGCGGAGGAGGAACUUCUGCAACUGCGCAGGCUGGACCGCAGCUUGGACAUCCACGACAUCGAGCUGCGCAUUCGGAAACUCAAGGGACUGCAGAAGGCAGUCGACAGCCGCAAGCCCAUCCUGCUGUCCAUCAACUUGAGUGCCACAGAGCUCUUCAAAUCAGAACCCAGCGAUUCCCAGGAGGUCGGAGAGGCCCAGCUGCGGCUGACGGAGAUGAACGGGCUCUGGGAGCGGCUGGGCACUUCCCUGGAGGACUGGCGCCAGUCCCUGCAGGACGCCCUCAUGCACUGUCAUGAUUUCCAUGAGAUGAGCCACGGCCUGCUCCUGUGGCUGGAGAACAUCGAUCGCCGGAGGAGCGAGGUCACUCCCAUCGAUGCCAGCCUGGACCGGGUCACCCUCCUGGAGCAUCACGGCGUGCUCAGGCAAAUCCAGACAGAGCUGCUGGACUCGCAGCAGAAGGUGACCCUGCUGGAGGACAUGUCCGUGCAGCUGCUGGUGCACACGCAAGGUGGCGACUGCCUGGAGGCCGGCGAGAAGGUUCACGUCAUCAGCAACCGGCUCAAGCUGCUCCUGAAGGAAGUGACUAAGGACCUGCAGGAGCUGGAGGAGUUACUGCGGCGGGGGGGUCUGUCGUCGUGGUCUUCUGUGGACGAGCGGGACACCUCUGGCUCUGGGGCGGCCCAGCCUGGGCGGAGCAGUCCGACUCAGGGCCUAUCGCCCCGGGGCAAAUGUAGGGUGUUACAGCUGGGACCCCCUGUCAGCCGUCCAUACCGCAGGUCUUCCCAAGACUCUGGGUCCGGUUCGUCCCGCUGUGAGGCGCGGGCGGUGCCCUUCCUGCUGCGGGUCCUGCGUGCCGCCCUGCCCCUGCAGUUGCUCCUCUUACUGCUGUUGGCCCUGGCCUGUCUGGUGCCUGCUACCCAAGAGGACUACAGCUGUGCCCUCUCCAACAACUUUGCCCGCUCCUUCCACCCCAUGCUACGCUACACCAACGGGCCGCCGCCCAUAUGAGCGUGGUGGCUGGGGGACGGGGGG